AUGGCGGAGAAAAAAGACGAGAUUUAUAGCAAGGAAUAUCGAAGAAUUCGUAGAUUCACUUCUGAUUUGGCUACGAGACAAUUUUCAUCAGAAUACGGGCUUACGGAGGAACAGGUUGCAGAGUUCAAAGAAGCAUUCAUGCUGUUCGAUAAAGAUGAAGAUGGAACCAUCACCAUGGCUGAACUUGGUGUGGUCAUGCGAUCCUUAGGACAGAGGCCUUCAGAGACUGAGUUACGAGACAUGGUAAAGGAGGUGGACCAAGAUGGAAACGGGACCAUCGAAUUCAACGAGUUCCUUCAGAUGAUGUCGAAGAAGAUGAGAGGGGCUGACGGAGAAGACGAGCUUAGAGAAGCAUUUAGGGUAUUUGACAAAAACAACGACGGGUUGAUAUCAUCUGUUGAACUGAGACACGUGAUGACGAACCUUGGAGAGCGGCUGAGCGAAGAGGAGGUGGACGAUAUGAUCCGGGAGGCCGAUUUGGAUGGAGACGGCAUGGUCAAUUACGAUGAAUUUGUGACAAUAUUGACGUCGAAAAACUAG